AUGCCUCCAAAGCAGUCCGGAAGGGCUCGAAAGCAGUCCAGUGAGCCUCCAGAGGAUACCGCACCUCGAAAGAAGCGCGGUAGGCCGCCUAAAAUAGCGGGCACAUUCUUAGCGGCAGGCACAUCCUCUAAAAAGAGCGGCGUUCGACGUUCGGCCCGCCUUAAUCCUGAAAGCCCUCAUCUUCCUCCAAGAUCUCCCUCAGCCGGCGCAGAAGAAGUCCAGGAUGCCGACAUGCUUGAUGUCAUUGAUGAAGAGGGUGAAGAAGCUGUUUCCCAGUCGUCUCCGCCAACCGGAGGAGCCCGAGCAAACGGCAACGAGAGAUCUGGCUUGAACCUGGGAGGACGAUUUCACGAAACGGCCUUCUCAGGCUUAAGCAACGAAGAGUCCGAGAAGGGCUUUACAGCCCGAGCCUGCUAUUCUCCUGAAAAUGGCAACGCCUCCGACGCUGAGCCAGAGGUGGCGGAUGUCGUGGCUUACGAUACUGCCAGCGUCGAAGACGAAACAGACGAACUCCUAUCCGAUCGAUUCCGUAGACGUACUUCAACUCCUCUUGCUUUCAGAACAGCCCGACUAGAACGCAAGUCCACCUCGGUGGCUACGAGACAUACCCCAGUGGUGAGCAGGAUGGAAGCUGCGGCCGGGGGCGCCGUCCGAGGCGAGCGCCAAGUCGUGUACAUCAGCAGCGGUACCGAAACCGACACCGAUACAGACACCGACAUGGAAAGGGAGAGCGCUGUGUCAUCUUCCUAUGCGCGAAAGAGAAGAAUGGAAAGGGAAGAGGAAGCCCUUCCGCGAACUGACCCAGCUCACCCUCGAUGCCGCCUUUCAAGACCUCCCAACGCAACCGCUGAACUUCUGGCUCGACAUCGGCACCCUCAUCGCACCGGUCGCCCCCAUGCCCACGAGCAGCAACGCCGACAUGUACGGGUCCGACGUGCAAGUCAUGCUGACGCUGCAGCGGCGCGUGAAGCAGGAUUGGCUGCGACGCGCGGUGAUGAUAAUAUUCUUCUACAUUGCGAGCUCUCGCAAUCCUGGCGACUAGAUAACAUUCUGCGACCGUGGAGAGGGGAAGCGCAUGAAGCGUCUGACAGACAACGAUAUCGUGUCGGUAUACAACAAGUGGGUGUUGGCGCCGUUAGAGCGGGACGAUGCGGUGCUGCCUCCGGUUGUCGCGUCUGGAUCUGGAUCUCAUGCGUCGCCACGGACGCCGCCGAACAGCGGACGUAA